UAAUGCAAUGUACCUCAAUGAAUCGGAUGUAAUAUAACAUAUAAUAUGUUCAUUGUUGCUCUGGACUUUGAUUGUCUGCUGGUGGCUUGUGGUUACAAAAUCAGAUGGUUUGAAAUACAAACGCUAGAUAUAAUGUUUUCAAAUCAAGUGAUUAAAAUUAUUGCUCUGACAACUUUAUUUUGGUUUUCUGCCAUUUUGCUAAUAUUUAUGUCGCAAGAUGAGUUAACGAGAAGUUCUCUGGUGAUGUUAAAUGCUCCUAUGUUUCAAAAUGAUGAUCAUAAAUUCAUGCACAAGGUUGGAGUUGAACCAUUAAAACCGAUAAAUGAUAAUAUAAAAUAUCCAUGGCAAAAGAAAUCUGGAAUAAAAAGUUCAAGGAAUGCUGGUUAUCUGAUGAGUUUAUCAAAAAAAGUUGGCAAACUUAUUCGCGGUAAUCAAAAAGCUGUUUAUGAUGUCAGUAAAUUGAAAGAAAAAAAUACCUUAGGUGCGAUGGGAAAAGCUGCUUAUCUUGCUUCUGAAGAAGAUAAAAAGCUAGCUCAAGAGCAUUUUUCCGACCAUUCUUUUAACUGGGUAUUAAGUGAUAGAAUUUCCUUGGAUCGGACUUUGGAUGAUUAUCGUGGAUCGAGGUGUAAAUCCAAACACAACAGUUAUCCGGAAAAGUUACCAACAACAAGUGUCAUCAUUUGUUUUCAUAAAGAAAGACUUUCUGUGUUACUUCGCACAAUCCACAGUGUCAUCAAUAGAACUCCUCCACAUCUAUUGACUGAAGUGAUUGUUGUGGAUGAUUUCAGUGAAGAUAAACGUCUUGGGCAACCUCUAGAUGAACAUGUUCUAACCAUGCCCAAAGUUAAGGUAUUUCGGAAUAGCAAACGUGAAGGACUGGUGCGAGCACGUUUGCGAGGAGCUCGCGAGGCUCGUGGAGACGUAUUGACGUUUCUUGAUUCUCAUUGUGAAGCAACACCAGGAUGGGCUGAACCAUUACUUGCGCGAAUUUAUGAGGACGAGAAAAAUGUUGUUUGUCCAGCCAUUGAAGUUCUCAAUGCUGACACUUUUGCAUAUCAAGCGUCAGCUAAUGCCGAACAAAGAGGUGGUUUUAACUGGGAUCUGUUCUUUAAAUGGAAAGGAAUUCCUCCUGAAGAACAGAAAUUAAGGAAAGACGAAUCUGAUCCUAUUCGAACACCAACAAUGGCUGGAGGUUUGUUUUCAGUUGACAGGAAAUAUUUUUUCCAUAUUGGAUCGUACGAUGAUGAAAUGGACAUUUGGGGCGGCGAGAAUUUAGAAAUUUCUUUCCGAGUUUGGAUGUGCGGCGGGCGAUUAGAAAUCAUUCCUUGUUCACGUGUCGGUCACGUGUUCCGUAAAGUUACCAGUCCCUAUAAGUUUCCAGAUGGGGUGGAAAAAACCCUGAGUAAGAACUUAAACCGCCUUGCUGAAGUUUGGAUGGACGAAUAUAAAGAGUUAUAUUAUAACAAGAAACCCCAGAACCGCAAUAGGGACUUUGGAGACAUAAGUGGCAGAGUGAAGUUAAGAGAAAGGUUAAAAUGUCAUAGUUUUAAAUGGUAUUUGGAAAAUAUUUAUCCUGAUAUCAGAAUGCCUGAAUUGAAUCCACCUGCACAAGGCGAGGUUCGCAAUCCUGAAAGUGGUUUAUGCUUGGAUUCUCUUGGAAUGAAAUCUGGCAACAAAUUGGGAUUGUACAGCUGUCAUGGACAGGGUUCUAACCAGCAUUUUGUUCUUUCCUCACAUGGAGAGAUCGUAUGGGAAAGUGAAAACUGCGUCGAUAAUUCGAAUUACAAUCCUGGAGGAAGUGUUGAAUUGAUUGCCUGUCAUGGUAUGGAAGGAAAUCAGAAAUGGAUACAUGAUAAAAGUUCAGGUUAUAUUAAACACGAAAUAAGUGGUCAGUGUCUUGAUCGCGGUGCGUCAAUGAACUCUGAAAAUCCAGUGGUAAACCCAUGUAAUGGUGGCUCUUCUCAGGUUUGGAUCUUUUCGCGUUAUAAGAAUGAUUAAGAUUUUUGUACGUUUUCAUAUUGCUAUAGUAAAUUAUCAUUGUAAUAUUUGAAAAGAUUUUUGUUGUAAAUUGCAACUUAAAAAAUAUGCAAUCCAGAAAGAUUAUUUCUUAUGAAUUACGUCAAAUAAAGACGACUUAUGUCAUUUGAAAGCCAGUCUUAAAAACAAAGUACAACAAACGAAUUCUGACGAAUUAUAUUCAUAUGAAAACCAGUCUUUACUAUGAGACAUCACAUUCAGCAAUCAAAGACAGUGGUCAUUGGAACUCGGGUCCACAGCCAAAGUGAGUCAAAAAGUAAAGUACAUUUUUUUUCAUGAUACGCGUAGGAACAGAUUUAAAUUGUGGCAGGGGCUGAAGUUGAAGAGAACCCUUAUUUUUUUGAAGCUCUAGAGGGUCUCUUUAGCUUUAGUUUAGUGUAUUUUAUGAAACAUUUAUGACUCAUCUAAGCAAUAUAUUAAAUUAUACAACCCAUAUAGAACUAUUUGUAUUGUUGUGAGCAAUAUGACCGACUGUUAAUGACACAAAUCAUUGAAUGUAUUUAUGUUAGUCUAUAGUGCAUGAUAUAGUGAUUCUCUAUGGCUGUAAAACAUGAUACGUUUUAGAUUGGAUGAACGUCAGACGCUAGAGUUCCUUGUUCAUCACCAUACACGAUGUAACUAAUGUAUGGUUUCCUCUUUUCAAUACAUACUAGCAAAUAUUUCUUUCCUUCAUAUUGUUGAACAUGUAAAUAAGAAUUUAUUGAUCUAACAUUACAUGUUUGUAAAUGUA